AUGGCCGACGACGACCGCCGAGUCAAGCGCUCGCGCUUCGAUCAGACUGAUCCUGAGCCUCGACGCUCUCGAUUCGACCGCCGCUCGCGAUCCCCGUCCGCUAGACAGUCCGAGUCGACUCGCACCCGCAGUCCUUUGAGUCGCGAGCCACGCAGUCCGGCCGGAGACGGCACGGCAAAGGCUUCACUUGAUCCCGCAGCAGCAGCUGCUGCAGCCGCAGCGAAGAUCAAUGCUCAGUUGCAGGCAAAGAAGGGCAUCCAACAUGUUGACGUUCCGCCAAUUCGCUCGACUGAUAGCCCGGGAGCGCAUUCAGACACGAACGCAGACGGCAAGCCCAACACCGAGAUUUACGUCGCGGACGGAGACUACAUCAAAGACAUUGAGAUCAAUGAUUUGCGUAACCGAUAUACGCUGACCAAGGGCUCUACACAAAAGAUGAUCAAAGAUGAAACUGGCGCCGAUGUCACCACCCGAGGAAACUAUUACCCGGACAAGAAUAUGGCGACCGCUGCCAACCCACCCCUCUACCUUCAUGUAACCAGCACCAACAAGGAAGGUCUUGAAAAGGCUGUGCAGAUCAUUGAUGAUCUGAUGAAGAAGGAACUUCCCAACCUGAUUGAUGAGCGACGGUUCCGUAGGAGGGAGCCUGAGCAGCAAGUAGAGCGUGAUGAGUUUGGUCGACGCAAAUGGCCGGAUGAGCGGAUUCCUAUCGACCUUGAGCCUAUUCCGGGAUUCAACCUGCGUGCCCAGGUUGUCGGCCAGGGCGGCGCCUAUGUGAAGCACAUCCAGCAGAAGACUCGCUGCCGCGUUCAGAUCAAGGGUCGGGGCUCUGGAUUCAUCGAAUCGAGCACUGGCCGUGAAAGUGACGAACCGAUGUUCUUGCACGUUGCCGGUCCCGACCCCAAUGACGUUCAAGCUGCUAAGGAGCUCUGUGAAGACCUUCUGGCCAACGUCCGGGAACAGUACCAGCACUUCAAGGACAACCCACCACAGCACAAUUACGGUGGCUACGGCCGCGGUGGUGGAGAUCGCUACCACGGCGGCGGUGGAGGUGGAGAUAGAGGCGGAGGUGGCUACAGGGAUCGAUACAACGAUCGUCACCAGCAACAUCACCAGCAAUCCCCUGGUCCUUCCGCCAGCCCCACUGAUCAAGGUGCUUCGACCGCCGCCAGUGCCGACUAUAGCGCCGCAUAUGCCCAGUACUAUGGAUCUGCCGACCCUUACGCCGCCUAUGGUGGAUACCAAAACUACGUGGCCUACUAUCAAUACUACCAGCAAGCCGCUGCGGCCCAGCAGCAGCAACAACAGGCGACCGAGGGCCAGGCGCCUCCCCCCCCUCCCCCUGCUAGCGAAGCGCCCCCUCCUCCUCCCCCGGGCUCUGAUGCUCCCCCUCCACCUCCUGGCGGAGGUAGCUAUGGUGCGGUCCCACCCCCACCUGGUCUGUAA